AUGCUUUUACAAAAAGCAUCUGAUAAGUUUAAGUUAUACUCUGUCAUAAUUCUUGACGAGGUUCAUGAGCUGAGGUUGAACACGGACCUGCUUAUCGGAAUGCUAUCUGGUGUAAUUAGUGCUCGUCAUGUAAAGCUUGAUGUGGUGCUUAUAUCUGCUAAAACUUGUAUUAAUCAAGAACGACAAGUCCUGCGCAGAGCAGCAAAAGGUGGUGCUUUCGGGAAGAACGACAAGUCCUGGGCAGCAAGUUUUUCCGUUAAAGCUUGUGCUGAUGAGUGCUACCUUGCGAAUUGA